AUGCGCGGACCGGGCAUGGGCGGGUUCCGCGACCCCGCUCCGCGCGCCAUGGGUGCGCCAGGAGGGGGCAUGAGCGGAGCGUCGAGGGACGAGGACCUCCAGGGGGCGCCACUGCGGGACGGCGGGGGGGUCCGCGGCGGAGGGAGCUACCGGGAGCCGGGCGCCGCGGGGUUGGGCAUGGGCAUGAGAGACUCGGCGCCGCCAGGGUACCGCGAGAUGGGCGGCGCAGGUGCGUUCCGCGACAGGGAGAUGGAUGGCGCCACGAUGACCGCCAGCGGCAGCGGCGGAAGCCUGAACCGAUUGGCAGGCAACGGUAGUGGGGGAAACCUGAUUCGUUUAUCGAACGACUCUGUAGCGGGGAUGAUGACGUCAACAUCGUCCCCGCCUCGGUACCGCCCCAAUGCAGCAGCCGGCGGGCCGCCGUUCUUCGGGUCGCCGCCACUGGGGGACCCGAUGGCCUUGGGGGGGGGCAUGGGGGGACCAAUGGGGGGUACCAUGGGGGGGCCGAUGGCGGCGCGGUCGAAGCGGCGCGGCGGCAGCGCGCGGUACUACCACGUGGCGGCGGCGCUGCGGCAGAACCUGCCGUACCUGGUGAUCGCGGCGCUGCUGCUAGUCAUCGUGCUCAUGCGCGCCCCCGCCCCCGCCCCCCCGCCUGGUGGCCUCGCCACCGCCGCCGCUGCAGCAGGCGGGGCGGAGCGCGCAGCGGCAGCAACAGGGGGGGCGGCGGGGGGGAUGCAGGCGGGGAACGGCGCGGGGAUGGGAGGGGGAGCCGCCGGGGCGGCGGGGGCAGGCGGGGACGGAAGAGGAGGGGCAGGGGGAGGUGGGGCGAAAGCGGGGGAGGCGGCGGGCAGGCAGAUGCUGCAAGGAGCGGGGCGGGCGACGGGAGCAGUGGCGGUGCCUGGCACAGCGGCGGCAGGGAAGGGCGCGAGUGGAGCAGCAGGGGGGGCGGUGGGCGGGCUGCUGUCCAUGGGGCUGAGCCGGUUUGGGCUGGGCGGCGGGCAGAAGAAGAACCUGAUCAGCAUCCUCAAGGCGAACCCCGACGCCGUGGAGGCGCGCGAGGCCACGCGCAACUACCGCUUCCGCGAGCACGCGCCCGUGUACGGGCUGGUGCACUUCGCCAGCUACCGCAUGAACGCCGUGAAGUUCGCCAUCGUGGGGCUGGCUGGGCGCGCCCUGCGCGACUCGCGCAAGCUGGGCAAGUGCGUGUGGAAGGAGAAGAACGGCGGGCACCGCGUCACCGGCACUCUCACAGCGUUCUACCCGGGCGAGCACCACAACCUGCGGUACGAGGCGGUGGUGCUGGUGUGCGAGCUGGACGAGUCCACGGAGGCGGACUACGGCGGGCUGCUGCUCGCCACCGUCGACAGGGAGGACGUCGUGGCGUACAUGGAGGAGCCCAAGCAGUUCCCCUCCGCCACGCCCAAGCCGCCCUUCAAGUACCAGCUCACGUACUGCUCGCCGCCCCUGGCGGGCAAGAUCAUCCCGCGGCGCAUGUACGAGUGGAUGGAGUUCCACCUGCACAGCGGCGUGGACCGCCUCGUGCUGUACGACGCGGGCGGCAUCGGGGCGGCGCUGAUGACGAUGCUGGAGAGCUACACGGAGCAGGGGCUGGUGGAGGUGGUGGACGUGCGGCAGAUCACGGCGUACGAGGCGUGGGAGCGCGGCCGCCUCAUGGUGCUCAACGACUGCGUGCAGCGCCACCGCUUCUCGUCCAAGUGGGUCUUCUUCGCCGAGAUGACCGAGUUCUUCUCCGCCGCCAAGGGCGAGACGCUGCUCGCCACCGUCAACGCCUACGACGGCCGCCCCUACGUCACGUUUGGCAGCCGGUGGUGGUCGUUUGAGAAGUGCACCUUCUCGUCACUCACCGAGCGCAUCGUGGUGCGCGGCGCCGCCAUGAUCGAGGGGCAGAACUCGGGCGACGAGGCGCGCGACGUGGGGGGGAUAGCGGAGGGCGGUGCGGGGGAGGGCGGCGUGCAGGUGACGGAGGGGGCGGAGAAGGCGGCGGUGGAGCAGCCGUGGGCGCUGGAGCGCAUGCUGUUCCGGUGGCCGCACAUCUACUGCACCAACAAGGAGGCGUACCCGCGCUGGGAGCUGUGCCUGGACUACCACGGGUUCCGGCGCGUGGCGGCAGACCCACGGCAGGUGGUGGCGGUGCAGAUCCACCGCGUGGAGGUGCCGCGCAUGGGCGGCAUCGACGUGGACACGGACGCGGCGCGCUUCAACCACUUCCAGGGGCUGGUGGACGACGAGCGCAAGUUCUGCAUCAAGAGCGUGCGCCCCGGCGAGCAGCUCGACUGGUGGGUGCGCGACCAGUCCCUCGCCCUGCUCGCCCAGGAGGCCAGGCAGUCGCCCCGCGCCAAGUUCAAGACACGCGGGGGGUGA